GGCUGGGGGCGGGCACACAGCCGUAGCCCGUGGCGGAGGCGCGGGCGCGCUCAGGCCCUGUGCUGGGCGGCCCGGGCGGCCGCACCAUGGAUCCCGGCACCGAGGAGUACGAGCUCAACGGCGACCUGCGCCCUGGCUCUCCCGGUUCCCCCGACGCCUCGCCACCCCGCUGGGGUUUGAGGAACCGGCCCAUCAAUGUAAACCAUUACGCCAACAAGAAGAGCGCCGCGGAGAGCAUGCUGGACAUCGCACUGCUCAUGGCCAACGCGUCGCAGCUCAAGGCCGUGGUGGAGCAGGGCAAUGAGUUCGCCUUCUUCGUGCCCCUCGUGGUGCUCAUCUCCAUCUCUCUCGUGCUGCAGAUCGGAGUGGGCGUGCUGCUCAUCUUCCUGGUCAAGUAUGACCUCAACAACCCAGCCAAGCACGCCAAGCUGGACUUCCUUAACAACCUGGCCACGGGGCUGGUUUUCAUCAUCGUGGUGGUCAACAUCUUCAUUACGGCCUUUGGAGUCCAGAAGCCUGUCAUGGACGUGGCACCCCGGCAGUAGGAUGCCCAGGUGAGUCAGCGGGGGAGGCUGAGACCUGCUGCCGCCACUGCCAUGGGUAGGUGUGGUGGGUUCUGAGCUAGCUAUCCCUCCUCUGUGGCAUGACCAGGCCACUGAAAGCAGUUCUUGACGGCCCCUGAGUGUGUAGGUCAUCUGGCCAGGAAGAGGGUACCAGGGCCUGUGGGAACAUAGUCCUGUCCUCCUGACCUCUCUUCAUGGGUGUCUCCAGAGGCUUCAAGUUCUUGCUGACUGCAUGGUCUGCUGCUAUGAUAUCUGGAGUAAUGGGGUUUGCUAGGCGAGUGGCCAUGGUCACUACUGACUGGCUCUCAUCACCAUUGUGGGUCCUGACAGAGACCCAGGAACACUGUAUUCAGUGUUGAAAGACCUGCAGCACCUGGUUCAUGGAGGACAGAUCCUUACACCCAAGGCCACGUAAGCCUGAUGCUCGAGCAAGAUCUCCUCACCUUUCCAGGUGGGGCACUGCUGGCUGACCUAGCAGCACUCCCACCUGCCUCUCUUUUCAUCCUUCCAGAGACUUUGAAGGUAUCUGACCUGCAGCCCAGCUGUCCAGACCCCUGCAACUGCUGUAUCCCCAAGGCAUCCCUCUCCUGUUCACAGCCCAAGGUGGCCUCCGCUGGACCAUGGUCAAGGAUGGACUUCCGUCCACCUGUGACUGCUGCGUGGGCGGCCACCCGAGGCGUGUGGGAACUGGAUGCAAAGCCAUGAAGAUCAGAACUGGACAGUUCCACCGAAACCCACGCCCAGAGGAUGAUCACUGCCCGCCCAAGGACAUGCAGGAAAUCCAUGAUUGGACUCGAUGAGGGGCCAGAACUGAUCUCUGUCUCAGGACAUUCCAGAAGGACCAGGAUAUGCCCCUCCCUUUGCUGAUACACCAGUGACCCUACUUCUCAUGGAGCCUGCACAGGUCACCCUGGAGACUGCUGCCUUUGUUGUUUCCUGACCCAGGGACCUUGGACAGUCAUCAGUACCUGCUGGCUCCAGCCUCAGUGCCUGGGCUUGGCAGUGUCUCUUGGCAUCGAGAGGCAGCCAUGCCUGUGGGGGCUGCAGGUCAUCCUGGUACCUUCUACCAGUAGUGACUUGGGAAGAGCCCCAGCCCCCAACCCAGGGGCUCAGGCCCCAAUUUUCUAAUCAGGAAUGACAAUAAAGCUUAUGUGCUUCCC